ACACAACAAUAUCCAUGGAUCCAAACCUACAGCAGCCAAGCCAGGACUGCUAAAGAAUAUAAAAGGGUAAAAACCCUAGUUUCUUUUCCUUUCUUUGCUAUAGCUUCAGCCGAUACUACCAUACCGGAUCAUCUUCAGCUCCCCGCUGCAAAACCAUGGGUAUCGAUUUGAAGGCUGGUGGCAAAAGCAAGAAAACCAAGCGCACUGCGCCCAAAUCUAACGAUGUUUACCUAAAGUUACUCGUCAAGCUCUACCGUUUCCUUGUUAGAAGAACUGGUAGCAAGUUCAAUGCUGUGGUUCUUAAGAGGCUUUUUAUGAGCAAGAUUAACAAGGCUCCACUUUCUCUCUCUAGGCUUGUUAAGUACAUGGAGGGCAAGGAUGGAAGGAUUGCUGUUUUGGUGGGAACUAUUACAGAUGAUAUUAGGGUUUAUGAAGUGCCUACGAUGAAGGUUUGUGCUUUGAGGUUUACUGAAACCGCCAGGGCUCGUAUCGAGAAGGCCGGUGGCGAGUGUAUCACUUUUGAUCAGUUGGCUUUGAGAGCUCCUCUUGGACAGAACACGGUUCUUCUUAGGGGUCCUAAGAAUGCUAGAGAGGCUGUCAAGCACUUUGGCAAGGCUCCUGGUGUUCCUCACAGUCACACCAAGCCUUAUGUCCGAGCUAAUGGCAGAAAAUUCGAAAGAGCCAGAGGUAGACGUAACAGCCGUGGUUACAGAGUUUAAGCUUGAAUUGCGGAUAGAAGAGUUUCAGUGUUUAUUGCUCAAGACUUUUGUCAAUCAAUGUGUUACCAUUUGGUUUUGUGUUUCAAAUAUCUUUCUUAUAUGUUGGGUUAGCAAACAGAAUGUUAGUUAUAGCAAGAUUGUCCCGACUACUAUUUUUGUCAUCACUUAUGGAGGUAAAUUUUGUUGAA